CACUAUGUUUACAGUUAGCAUGGUUUAGUAUAUUCUAUUUGUUUAAUUUUGAUUGCAAUUCUUAUCAUGUCUAAUUCUCACUUAUUUAUGACUUCGGGCUUUCCUAGAGCCCCUCUGAAAAAUGGUAUUGGUAGAUAUAUAUGCCAGCUCAAAAGAGUUACCAUAAAAUUUUGCAAAAAUCAUGGAGACAGUAGAGGAAUCAGAGAAUUCAUUGAAACAGAACUCGUUGAUUUUUCAAGAAAAAAUCCUGGUGUUGUUGUGUAUGUGAAGACAAGAAGACAUAGAGCACCAUGUCUCAAUGCUGAAUAUCUUAAUGGACAAAAAGAAUAUAUUAACUGCCAUAACUUUUCCAAAGAUGAAGUUAACAAGUGGUUACACCUACUUCUUUCAAGAUCAGGAAAAGAGGUCAUGAGGUACAGGAAAAUGUGGCAUACAGAUAACCCUUCUAUACAAGGAAUUUGGACUCCAUUUACCUUCAAGGACCCAAAAUUAAAUGUUGCUUCUUUCCCAUUGAAUGUCUACUGGGGACCACCCAAUCCUAAGCCAACUGCUACAGAAAUUGUCAUGGAAAUGUUUAGAAAACAGAAACUUGAAGAUAACCAAACUGAUGAUAUCACAAUAAAUGAAAAAGAUAAUGUAAAGUCAAGUCAAGGACAGUAGAUUCUUAUUUUGUUUGUUAUGGUAUAUAAUUUUUAGUUAUUCUUUAGCUCA